UGUUGAAAUUUGCAACUUGUAAUGAUGACUAAGAAAAUCCUUUUAAUAAACGGUCCAAACUUGAACUUGUUAGGUACUAGAGAACCGGAGAAAUAUGGAUCUACAUCAUUAGCAGAUGUCGAAGAUGCGGCUAGAAAACAGGUUGCUGCUAGAAAGAACGGAUCUGAAAUACAUACUUUCCAAAAUAAUACCGAAGGGUUCAUCGUUGAUCGCAUCCAUCAAGCACAACAAGAAGGAGUUGACUUUAUUGUCAUCAACGCUGGUGCCUAUACACAUACAUCCAUUGCCCUUAGAGACGCUCUUUUAGGUACUGCCAUUCCUUUUAUUGAAAUUCAUAUCACCAACGUGCAUCAACGAGAACCAUUUAGACACCAUUCUUAUUUAUCUGAUAAGGCCAUUGCAGUAAUUGCAGGGCUUGGUGUCUACGGAUAUACUGCUUCUAUCGAAUAUGCAUUAAACUAUUAGAUACAAAAACAAAAACAUUAAUAUCUCUUGCGUGUAAUUAGAAAUAAAUGAUACUUUUCUC